GUAACUUAGGCAAACAUAUAAUAAAGAUUUGCAUUUUAUUAUUGGCUUAGGAACCCUCAACUAACAAAUUAAUUAUUACUAUAUUAGGGAAGACCAGUUUAGUAAUCAAAGGAUCAAAAGGUCCAUUUGACAUCCCCUGUAUUUAUACCGUACUUGUUCCGCUUUUUUCUCCCUCCCAGAAAAUCAAAUACAACCAAAAUUGAAAUAGAAAACAUAACAAACAAUUAAAAAAAGAAAAAGAAAAACAUAAAUAAAUACCAAUCCCCUGUAGAUUAAAAACUAAAGGGUUGGUUCGAAAGUUCUGAACAAGAAAAAUAUUUAUUGAAGCAAUUCUUGCAAAGGAAGAAGGAAUACAAUUAUUAUGGGAUCAAAACGAUCCUUGUUGCAUUUGUUUCUUUUCUUCCUGGUCGUUGGCUUCGCAUCCUCAUCCUACAUCUCAAAUGAGGUGAUUGAGCCGCAUGGAUCGUUAGGUCGUUCCCUCCUGCAGCAGAAAUCAAGUUGCAGUGUGGACUUUGAGAACAUGAACUACACGGUGAUAACAAGCCAGUGCAAAGGGCCAAAUUACUCACCGGAAAGGUGUUGCCCACCAUUAAAGCAACUUCUCUGCCCUGUAAAAGAUCAAGUUAAUGACCUCAAGAGCAAUUGCGCCGAUACAUUUUUCAGUUACGUAAAUCUCUACGGUAAAUAUCCGCCCGGCCUUUUUUCAGCUCUGUGCAAGGAAGGUGAAGAAGGUCUCGACUGCGACGAUGUUCCUCUACCACCCCCUCCCGUUCACCAAGUUGGGGCUUCUCCUCUUAGUCUUCGUGCUCAACCGAUGCUGCUCUUCUUUCUUGGACUGCUAUUAUUGCACAUUUGACGAUUAUUAUUAUAUUUCUUUUGAAUUUUUUUAGUUUUUCAAAUCUUUGAAUCCAAAUAAAAUAUAUGUAUGUAUGUCUUAUUCUUUUAUUGAAUGAACCACCCAUGUAUACCACACGUGUUUUUCCGACUUGAAUUUCACUUCGCCUCUGCAUUUCUUUGUCCAAGUUUCAAUAACGUUUUUGUUAAUUACAGUUAAACCUCUUUUAAAUUAGAAUAAUCUUAAAAUACGAGUUAUUAUUAGGCACUCACGGUUAAAGAAAGACGAGAGGAAAGACCCUUCCAUAUAGUAAAAGAUAGACAAAGAUGCUUAAUCAUGAGCGAAAAAGAGUAAAAAGUAAAAUAAAAAGAAAAAGAAAAAGAAAAACGCAUAUUCUUCCAAAAUAGCUCCGGGACACCUGGACAGAUAAAAGAUAUGGCAAAAAAUAUCUUAGUUAAAGCAAAAGCGAAAAAGGAGACGAAGAUAGGCAGAAGGUACAUUCAUUCAUGGUGUUUUGUUUGUCCCUCAUUUUGAGCAAAAAAAAUUGCAUUGAGCAUUGGCAUAGGUAUUCUAUUCUAUUCAUUUUGAGUCAAGUUGUAGCGUUCGAAUCUCUUUGAAUAAUAUGGCGUUCGAUUCUUGGUUCUCGCAUAUAAUACUCGAACAUUAAAUUCUCAAGAAUUUGAAUUGAGAAACAUUAAGGAGAGUUAUUUCCAAAACACAACAAUACAAAUACCGUUCUAUUUAUUUUUACACAUCAUUACAUUUCUUUUUUUCUACACAAUCAAUUAGCCUCCUAAUAAUCAGGAUGGUUUUAAUGAAAAUAA